AUGGAUGGACUUACCUCCCAAUUCUACAAAGGUUGUCCUGUACCCGGUUACUACGGACUUAACUGUUCCAUUCCUUGUGAUGAUACAAACUGUCGAUACUGUCACUCAGAGGCUGGAGCCUGUUACAGAUGUAAACCUGGAUACCAGGGACAUCAGUGUAAACUACCUUGCAGUCCUCAGUAUUACGGAGAACUAUGUAAGGAGACCUGUGGUAGCUGUAGUGACGGAAUGACGUGUAACCAUGUUGAUGGAACCUGCACAAACGGAUGUGACGUCGGAUUCUAUGGAGAGGAGUGUAAAACGCACUUACCUCCCAAUUCUACAAAGGUUGUCCUGUACCCGGUUACUACGGACUUAACUGUUCCAUUCCUUGUGAUGAUACAAACUGUCGAUACUGCCACUCAGAGACUGGAGCCUGUUACAGAUGUAAACCUGGAUACCAGGGACAUCAGUGUAAACUACGUAUCUUGCAGUCCUCAGUAUUACGGAGAACUAUGUAAGGAGACCUGUGGUAGCUGUAGUGACGGAAUGACGUGUAACCAUGUUGAUGGAACCUGCACAAACGGAUGUGACGUCGGAUUCUAUGGAGAGGAGUGUAAAACGCGUUGUCCUGUACCCGGUUACUACGGACUUAACUGUUCCAUUCCUUGUGAUGAUACAAACUGUCGAUACUGUCACUCAGAGACUGGAGCCUGUUACAGAUGUAAACCUGGAUACCAGGGACAUCAGUGUAAACUACCUUGCAGUCCUCAGUAUUACGGAGAACUAUGUAAGGAGACCUGUGGUAGCUGUAGUGACGGAAUGACGUGUAACCAUGUUGAUGGAACCUGCACAAACGGAUGUGACGUCGGAUUCUAUGGAGAGGAGUGUAAAACGCGUUGUCCUGUACCCGGUUACUACGGACUUAACUGUUCCAUUCCUUGUCCUGAUACAAGCUGUCGAUACUGUCACUCAGAGACUGGAGUCUGUUACAGAUGUAAACCUGGAUACCAGGGACAUCAGUGUAAACUACCUUGCAGUCCUCAGUAUUACGGAGAACAAUGUAAGGAUACCUGUGGUAACUGUAGUGAAGGAAUGACGUGUAACCAUGUUAAUGGAACCUGCACAAACGGAUGUGACGUCGGAUUCUAUGGAGAUGAGUGUAAAACGCAGUGUGGUGAUAAUCUGUACGGACCAAGCUGUAACCAAACAUGCGGGAAAUGUCGAGAUGGCAAGCAGUGUCAGUACAUCAACGGUUCUUGUAAUGAUGGAUGUGAGCCUGGAUACCGGGGAAACAAAUGUGAUGAAGUCUGCCAGUUUGGGCAUUUUGGUGCUAAUUGUACAGCGGAAUGUAGUGUGUUCUGUCGGAAAUCACGUGAUUGUCAUCAUGUGACGGGCUAUUGCACGGGUGGUUGCAAAACUGGAUGGCAAGGAAAUUACUGUAUAGAAGGUUAG